CAUUUCUAUACUCCCUGUGUGGUAGUUUCGAGUCUCUUCUGGUUGUCUCUUUCUGCCCUCUUAUCAAUGUAUUUGAAUAUUUUUGUUUAUUUCCAAAAAAAAUUCUCACCUUUCUUCAGCUGUUUGUGUAUAUAAAAGGUGUCUCUCACUGUCAUCUCUCUAUCAUUCUCUAGUAUUUCACAGACAACACACAUUCGGACGCAGUCAGGUGACUUCCACAGCUUUUUUCCCAACUGCGUUCUAAUCACUUUUCCUUUAGUGUUUCUUGCUGUUUUGUGCUAUUUUCCACGUUAAUCUGAAAACCAAACACUUUGAUGGCUCAAGUCCAGACAGUGAGGGGAACUGUUGCAAGCAAUUCCCUGGGCUACACCCUAACUCAUGAGCAUUUGGCUCUGGAUUUCACCCAUUUCCACACGGAACCACCUCAGCCUCUGGCCAGCAUCUUCCAGGCACCGAGAAUAACACUGGAAAAUGUGGGAUUUGUCCGUCAGUAUCCGUAUUCAAGCUCCUACAAUCUCUCCUUCAACGACGAAGACUCCCGCUUAGCCGUUGAGAAAGACAUCGAGGCUUUUAAGCGCUUCGGUGGAGGAACAAUCGUCGAGAACACUUCCCACGGUCUCAAUCGCAAUCUUGGACUGAUGCAUGACAUCUCUGUGGCCACGGGUGUUCAGAUUGUAGCUGGAACUGGUCACUAUGUCGCUUCUUUGCAGACUGCUUCCACUCAGGCCAUGACUGUGGAGCAGCUGACCGACAUGUACUCAAAGGAAAUCAUCUCUGGGAUUGAUGUGAAUCCCAAUCUCAAUAUUAAAUGCGGAUUCAUCGGCGAAGUGGGCAGUGGAUGGCCUCUUCAUGAUUUCGAAAAGAAAGCCAUCAAAGCCACUGGAGAGAUUCAAGAAGUUAUCGGAUGUGGUGUAUCCUUCCAUCCAGGAAGAAAUGAGGAGGCUCCAUUCGAGAUAAUCAGAUUGUAUCUCGAAGCUGGAGGCAAAGCCUCGAAAUGCGUCAUGUCUCACCUGGAUCGAACUAUCCUCUGCGAUGAGAAACUCCUGGAAUUUGCGGCUCUGGGGACCUUUACCCAAUUUGACCUCUUUGGCACCGAAUGUUCCUACUACCAGCUGAAUCCGGCGAUCGAUAUGGUUUCCGAUAGCCAGAGAAUCGCAAAGAUUCUCAAGCUCGUGGCCGAAGGACGCGAUGGGCAAGUGUUGAUGUCCCAUGACAUUCACACAAAGCACCGUCUGGCAUCAUUUGGUGGUCAUGGAUACUCCCACAUUCUCAAUAACAUCCUGCCCAGACUCAACGUGAAGGGACUGUCACUGGAGCAGAUCGACCGGAUCACCAUUGAGAAUCCUAGUCUCUGGCUCCAGGGCAAAUUCUAAUCCACAAAAAUUGGGGAAAUGUGUGUUAGUGACUUGUUUAUUUAGUUCUUCUCGAUGCUCAAUUAAAAUGCUCUUCGGGCGGCUCAUUUAUCAA